GUUAAUUAUAGAUUGAAUAAACUUUUAACGAUAGAAUAAAUUGAAAUUAACAUUUGAUUAUAUAAAUGUAAACUUGACAAUAGCAUAAGUUCGAAGUUUUCAUGUACCACUCAUACUAAAAUACAAGGUUAAAUGGUGAAGAUGACAUCUCUAGACGAUGUGAAAAUAAAACAAUGUUUAUCAAAGUAUCAAAAUCCUGAGCUCACCAAGAAACAUGGCCUAAAAGUUCUGGGUCUUUAUAAGGGCUUAAUGUGUAAUGUAGAACCAUUUGUAUUUAAUGAUGGUUCAAUGAAAGAGUUACUCAAUCUACAAGGAACAAUUCCAGUUUCAUACAAAGGUCAUAUAUAUAAUAUUCCUAUAUGCAUAUGGAUCAUGGAUACACAUCCUAAUAAUGCACCUAUGUGUUUUGUUAAACCUACUGCUGAUAUGAGCAUUAAAGUGAGCAUGUAUGUUGAUCAUAAUGGAAAAAUUUAUUUACCAUAUCUCCAUGAUUGGUUACCAUAUUCAUCAGACUUACUUCGUCUGAUCCAAACAAUGAUUUCAACAUUUGGAGAGCAACCUCCUGUUUAUGCUAAAAUACGACAAGGUAAACAAACAAGUUCUACACCUUACCCAGUACAACCUUUCAUGCCUGUACCUGGAAGCGAAACACAUUUACCUGGUUCUAAUUUUCUACCAUAUCCACAAAACUCACAGUAUGCAGGUGGGAGUAAUAAUUAUCCUCCAUAUAUGUCAACAACAUCUUCUGGAUUUCCAUACCCAGGGUCAUAUGGUUCAUAUGGAGGAACUGCAUCAAAUUAUCCACCACAAAGUUGUACUGGUUCAUUUCCAUACCCUCCAUCAACACAACCAUCUCCAACAGUACCUGUCACUGCUGGUGCAUCAGGUACAAUCACAGAAGAACAUAUUAGAGCAUCUUUGUUGUCAGCAGUAGAAGAUAAAUUAAAACGAAGACUUAAUGAACAGUUUUCACAAUUGUUAGACGAGCUGGAAACGUUAUAUCGAACACGACAAGAAAUUACAAAUGGAACUAUUCAUCUUAACGAUUUAUUUGACAGAUUAAAAAAAGAAAAUACUGAACUUGAAAAGAACAUAACUAUACUUCAAGAUAAGGAAGCAGAAUUGGAAAAAGAAAUUGCCAAGCUUUCUGAUAAUCAGUCAAUAGACGUCGAUGAAGCUGUUACAACAAUCGCACCACUUUACAAGCAGAUGUUAAAUGCAUUUGCGGAAGAAGCAGCAACAGAAGAUGCUAUAUACUAUUUGGGUGAAGCUUUACGUUGUGGUAUUAUAGAUUUAGAUGCAUUUUUAAAGCAAGUACGACAACUUUCACGCAAACAAUUUAUGCUAAGAGCGCUUAUGCAACGCUGUCGUCAGAAAGCGGGAUUGGCUGGUUAAACAUUUUACCCAAUUUUUAUAAGGUUACGCUAUUCAAUAUUUUAUUUUAUUACAAAUGAUGUACGCAAAACAGACUAUAAUAAAUCCCACAAUAAUAGAGGGAUAGAUAUAUGUUAUAGAGACGAAGCAUCCUCGUUAAAAAAA